AUGCCCGAUGAACGGGCCAAAUCAACACCAGUAGAAUUCAAGGGCAAACUAAUUUGGGAACUUAUCUUCGAUUACAACCAUAUAGGAAAAGAUGCGACAGGAAAAUAUGAGAAGAAGGAGGUAAUAAGAGAGAAAUACCAAGCGCGUACCGUGGUGGAGACAGUGAAUGAAACUGCGAAAACUACAACCACUACGAACAAUGUUUCAUUAAACCUUGGUGCCGCAACUAAACUACUGUCCGCAAGCAUUGGUUCUAGUUUUGAGAAUUCAAAAAACGUUUGCGAAUUCAUGUCAAAACGAAUGGAAGAAAAUAAGGACUAUGAACGUGAAUGGGAAAUUGAAGAAAAAUAUGAACAUGAAGUCGGCCCUAACACUCAGUUAGCGUUGUAUCGAAUAUAUUUUAUGGCACCAGGUGUUGUUUGUCCAGGGGGUUUGGUUACGAAUAGACAGGACGAUAAAGACGUCCACAUCAUGAUUAAUGUGCAAACAAUCGAAUUAAUUCGAAAUCUCAUCGUCGUUUAUGGCGAUAAUCCAUCUGAUGCACCAACAGAGAAUCGGGUACAAGAAAUAAAAAAUCAGAACGAUGUUCAAUCUGAUGAUCUGAAUAAAGACUUUCGCGGAAAAUAUACAUGGCUUGUCGCCGAAUAUACAACAAAUGUGGAAGAUGCCGCUUCAAGCUUUCUCAUCUAUAUGCAAUCGCAAGAAAAACAUGGCAUGGAAGACAUUGCGCGUGGCACUGGUGGAGAUUUCCGAUAUGUUGUUCCAGUAAAAAACCAACGGGAAAAGAAAAAGAUUAAUGAGAUUAACCUAUUACGCUCUAGUAACUCGGUGGACGUUGUACCUGAUGGUUAUUCUGGAAAGUCAAUUGACAUAAACAGAGGUCGCAAAAAAGAUUUUUUGUAUCUUAUUUGGAAAACUGUGGACACAUAA